AUAUAUAUUUAUUGUUUAGAUAUGUUUUGCCCAAUCAUAUGCUUUUCCAAAUUGCCGAAGUGUUACCCAGAGAACAACAGGGUUUGAUGGCAUGCUGUCACCCAGUGCCGCCUUUACUCCGACAGUACUUGAACGAAGUUCAUAAAAUAAUUCUGGAAGCUAGAGAGCUAUCUUUAACACAGGUUGACGUGGUGAAGUCUGACACAGUCAUCUCCCUGCCCAACAACACAAUUGACUUGGACAACAUUCUUCACUGCCCCCACGACGUUGUGCAUGAGAAUGACAGCAAUCUACCCACAUUGCUGAGUUGUUUGGACGAAUCGACGUUUCUGCCCGAGAUUCCACCCAUCAGUGGAGAUAUUCGUCUGGUGAAUUCGACCAAGUUAUCCGCCACGGUGUUUGAGCGGUCUUCUGAGGUUAGAAACUGUGAUUCCAAGUCGACUUCUCUGAAUUUUAUCAGCCCUUACCAGAGAUAUAAAAUGGCAAAACCUGACUAUCCGCCACAUUCCACAAAUGACCAGUCGGCAACAAAAGCACAGUCCACUUCCAAUAAUAAGAGGAUACAAAAUUUGUUUAAACAUUUGGAAGACUUGCAGUCUCAAGAAGAUUCCAAAGAGAAAUCUCCUGCCACCAUUCAUGAUGACGAUGAAUCUACUAACAUUCAGAAAAAAGUCGAAGAAAGCAAGGAGACUAUGGAACUUGUUGAUGAAGAAAACAAAAGCGAUUCCGAAAUAGAAGUGGUGGCAGAAGUGAAAAAGGGAAGGAAGAGGAAGAGGAAAAGAAACAGGACCAAAGUUCAUACCAAUCUCUCUCUGAAUGUGGACGAAGCAGACACCAAACCUUUCACUCCUUACGAUUAUUCUAAAGCAGAAAAUAUCCUCAAAUCAACUCCUGCAAAAAGAAUGUCCAUUUCGGAAAAAAGUGGUCGUUCGUCAUCCACUUCAAAACCAAGGAAGAAGAAAAUGAAAAAGCAGAAGACAAUAUUCGCCUCUCAGUCUACUUCGGCCAGAAGUUGGCCAAAGAAAUAGUUUCCUGUAUAGACUUAAAGUUUUUAUUUAUUAAUUCUAUUUUGUAUUAUAAUGGCCAAAAUUUUAAAUAUAAAUU